UCUAGCAAAUUCAAGGAGAGAGAUGGCCACAGUUGUUCAUAUUCCCCUGCUCAUCUUGCUUCUACAUACAUGCUUUGGCUCAACAAGUGUUGAAGCACUAGCUGGACAUCUUCCUGAUGAAGAAAAGGGAGUUCUGAAAGAAAUAGCUGAACAAUUGGGCAAGAAGGAUUGGAAAUUUGAACUAAACCCUUGUGAUGGGAACUCCAACUGGAACACGCUAGGCUCGAGAUCAAAUCCAUUCUAUAACAAUACAAUCACCUGCAAUUGCUCCUUCCCUAAUGGUGAAUGCCAUGUUGAUAGCAUAUCUCUCAAAGGGCAGGAUCUUGCUGGUGUGCUUCCACCUGCCCUAGCGAAACUAUCCUACCUCAAAACAAUUCAUUUGACUAGGAACUAUCUCAGUGGUAACAUACCCCCUGAAUGGGAAACUACAAAGUUAGAAACUCUGUCCAUUUCUAUGAACCGAUUAUCAGGACGAAUCCCAAACUUCUUGGGGAAUAUUACCACCCUUAAAAAUUUGGGUCUUGAUGCCAACCAGUUUUCUGGAACUGUUCCCCCUGAGCUUGGCAAACUGGUCGACUUGCAGAAGCUCAUUCUUAAUUCUAACAAUCUCACUGGACCAUUGCCUCAAGCGCUUGCUCACCUAACUAAUUUGAAAGAGCUUAGGAUUAGUAGCAACAAUUUCACUGGAAAAAUACCCAGUUUCAUUCAAAGUUGGAAGCAACUUGAGCAAUUAGAGAUCCAAGCUAGUGGUUUGGAAGGGCCCAUACCUUCUAAUAUUUCAAUCUUGAGUAAUUUAAUUGAACUAAGAAUUAGUGACUUAAAUGGAGAGGGUUCCACUUUUCCACCCCUAAGAAGCAUGAAAAGAAUGUACAAGUUGAUGUUGAGGGGCUGUAAUAUCUCAGGACCAAUCCCCCCAUAUAUAGCAGAGAUGACAGCAUUGAGAUUUUUAGAUCUCAGCUUCAACAAGUUGAACGGAGAGAUUCCAAAUCUUGAUGGCCUAACAAACAUGGAGGUCAUGUGUCUGACAGGCAACCGACUUAAUGGAAAUAUUCCAGAUGGAAUCAAGGGAAGGCAGAGCCGCACUGAAAUAGAUCUUUCUUACAAUAACUUCUCUGAGCAAUCUGCACCACCCUCUUGUCGAGAUAGCUUGAACUUGUUCAGAAGCUUUUCUGAGGAGGGGAACUUAGAACUUGGUGGGUGCCUGAAAAACUAUCCUUGUCAAAAAGAUCGUUAUUCAUUGCAUAUAAAUUGUGGUGGAGAGAAAUCUACGAUUGGAAAUGUUGUUUAUGAAGGGGAUCAAUAUGAAGGAGGCUCAGCAAAAUUUCAUCCUAUGACUGAUUAUUGGGGAUUUAGUAGCACUGGACACUUCUGGGAUCAUAACAGAACCAUAAAUGAUUACAUAGCACAAAAUGUAUCCGUACUUGGAAUGGACCACUCUGAGUUGUACACCAGAGCACGACUUUCUCCUCUGUCUUUUACUUACUAUGGGCGCUGCUUAGCGGAUGGGAACUAUACAGUAAAAAUUCACUUUGCAGAGAUAAUUAUCAGAGGCAAUAAAUCCUUUCAUAGCCUUGGCAGACGGAUUUUUAAUGUUUAUAUUCAGGGAAAGUUGGAAUUGGAGGAUUUUAAUAUUGUACAAGCAGCACAAGGGGUUGAUAAGGUAGUUGUAAAAGAAUUUAAAGCAGUUGUGAAGAAUAAAACUUUAGAGAUCCGCUUUCAUUGGGCUGGCAAGGGAACAACAGCUAUACCAAGGAGAGGAAUCUAUGGUCCUCUCAUAUCAGCUAUUUCUGUGGAAUCUGAUUUCAAGCCUCCUUCUAAUGGCAAAAAGAAGAUACUCAUUGCAGUUCUAGUUUCAGUAUUGGUUUUCAUUUUCACAAUUUUGGGCCUUAUUUGCUGGAAAUGCUACUUUGGACAGAGAACAUCAAGAGAACAAGAGUUGAGAGGAUUAGAUCUGCAAACUGGUUCAUUUACCUUGAGACAAAUUAAAGCUGCUACAAAUAGCUUUGAUGCUGCAAACAAGAUUGGAGAAGGAGGUUUUGGAUUUGUCUACAAGGGUACAUUAUUAGAUGGUACCAUAAUUGCAGUGAAGCAACUUUCCACCAAGUCAAAGCAAGGAAGUCGUGAAUUUGUGAAUGAAAUUGGAAUGAUUUCUGCUUUACAACACCCAAAUCUUGUAAGAUUAUAUGGAUGUUGUGUUGAAGGAAAUCAACUGAUAUUGGUAUAUGAAUACAUGGAGAACAAUAGUCUCGCUCGGGCUUUAUUUGGUCAAGUGGAAUACCGAUUAAAUUUGGACUGGUCCACGAGGCAGAGGAUUUGUGUUGGCAUAGCAAGAGGUUUGGCUUUCCUGCAUGAAGGAUCAACACUGAAAAUUGUUCAUAGAGACAUAAAAGCAAAUAACAUACUACUGGAUAAGAAUCUUAAUCCUAAGAUCUCUGAUUUUGGUCUGGCGAAACUUGAUGAAGAAGAGAACACCCAUAUUAGCACCAGAGUUGCUGGAACCAUUGAUGUUUUGGGGUUAUUGUGCAGAGGAUACAUGGCACCAGAGUAUGCAUUAUGGGGUUAUUUAACCUAUAAAGCUGAUGUAUACAGUUUUGGGGUUGUUGCUUUGGAACUUGUUGCGGGGAAGAACAACAUGAAAUAUAGACCAAAUGAGGAUUACGUUUGUCUUCUAGAUCGGGCCUUUGUUUUACAACAGAAGGGAAAUUUAAUGGAGCUAGUGGAUCCAAACUUGGGGACUCAGUUCAAAAAGGAAGAGGCCAUAAGGAUGAUUAAAGUUGCCCUACUAUGCACCAAUGCAUCUCCCGCACUUAGACCUACCAUGUCUGCAGUGGUGAGCAUGCUCAAAGGUCAAACUGUCGUUCAGGAAUACCCUCUGAAUCCUCGUAUUUAUGGUGAUGAAUUUGGGUUUGAAGCCCUCAGAGGCCAGCAUGAUCAGACACAAUUACAGAGCUCAAGUGAAAUUGAGCCCCUCACUCAUUCAUCACGUACAGCACGGAGUGGAUCUUCCUUUACAUCUUCCCAAGAUCUAUAAAAUGUCUCUACCUUGCCUUGUAUUAAUUCAGUCAUGGUGAGAAUUUUUCUUUGGUAGCUAGUAUUUUGUCAGUGCUCUACUUAUUGUUGGAAGUUGUUACUUCAUUUUGAGGCAAAAGUGAUCCAUUUUAAUUCCAAAUACAAAGAAAAAGUACUUUCAAAUUGCUUAUCAAACAGUAUAUUAUUCAGCCUUCUUGUUAUGCAUUCCAAACCAUAGAUGUCACAUGUUGGUUAACUCCAUUUGUAAAUAAGAAGUAUUAAUAAAGAUCUACAUUCAUUA